GUACUCAGUCUGUAUUAUCGACCCUUAACAUUUCUAUUUUAAACCAGUGUCUGAUUUCGAUGUAGAUAACAGAUAUGCAGCUUCGAUAAACCUUUUCAUGUGUUUAAAAAGGAUUUAAAUCUAAAGAGGUUACAAUGUGAUAUUAGUUAGAUGGAAUAGGUGGAAAGGAAGUUUUCAAUAAUAAAAUUGUAGACUUCUACAAAUCGUUUACAAUAAUAUUAGUUUUGAUACAACCGUUAUUAUGUCAACAAACCACAUUUUAGUCGAGGAAGAACAGAAGAAAGCUAAAAGGGUGCCUCAAUAUAUUGCUGCUUUUUCAGUUUGUCUAGGAUCAUUGUGUUCCGGAAGUAUACUAGGAUGGACCGGAAAUACAGCAGAAGAGCUUUUGGACGGAAGCUUCAACGAUAUCUCAAUAGAUGAUGAAAGCUUAGGGUGGAUAGGAUCGUUGGUGAACAUAGGAGCAAUGCUUUCUUGUAUAGCAAUAGGACCUCUGUGUGAAUACAUGGGAAGAAAAUACGGGAUGCUCAUCUUGGUUAUUCCAUUUACAGCAGGAUGGCUUCUUGUAAUCUUUGCCCAGAACGUUUACAUGAUAUACAUUGGAAGAUUAUUAGGCGGCUUCGCAGGAGGCUGCUUUAGUUUAUCGGCACCGCAAUACGUAUCAGAAACAGCACAAAAAGAUAUUCGAGGGGCCCUGUCGACAUUCGCAGAGUUGUUAUUGGCCGUAGGAGUUACAAUAGCUUAUGUCUUGGGUUUCGUAGUAAGUGCUAAAGUAACUGCCAUUGUUCUAGCAAUCUUUCCCAUAAUAUUUGCUAUUGUGUUCAUGACGCAACCAGAGACACCGUAUUAUUUACUAAAACGCAAUCGCGACGAUGAGGCUUCCAGAAGUUUGCAACGGUUAAGAGGGCGAUUGUAUGACACAUCAGACGAACUUAAACAGAUCAGAUCUGACAUUGAAGAAGACAGAGCUAAUGAGCUGCCUGCUCUUCAGUCGUUUAAGAAAAGAGAAACCAAGAUUGCAACCUCUGUUUCGAUAGGCCUUAUGUUCUUCCACCAAGCUUGUGGGAUCAAUGCCAUCGUAUUUUAUGCAUCCUCGAUUUUUGCCGCUGCUGGUAUCGAUGAGUCGGUACUAAGUCCAGGAAUAUCGGCUAUUAUUGUAGGAAUAGCACAAGUCGUAGGAAAUUGUGCUUCAACGCUCUUAAUAGAACGUCUAGGCAGACGGACGCUUCUUAUCCUAUCCGGUCUUUUUAUGGCUAUACCGGAAGUUUUACUCGGUAUGUUUUUUACAUUUCAAGAUAGAGACAUUCUGUCAUCCGAUACCCUCAGCAUGAUAGGAUUUUUACCAAUACUGUCUUUGUGCGUAUUUGUAAUUUCUAGUGAAAUGGGGUAUGGACCAGUGGCUUGGAUAAUUUCAGUAGAAAUGUUUCCUGCAGAAGCAAGAAGCAUUUUAAUAGCCGGAACUGGUGCUUUUAAUAGAUUUGUGUCGUUUUUAGUAACAAGAUUUUAUUUAAACAUGCAAAACAGUUUAGGUGGUGACGUUACUUUUUAUAUUUUCGCGAGCAUAUCGUUCGCCGGAGCGGCUUUUCCAUUUUUCUUUGCACCGGAAACAAAAGGAAAGUCGUUGGUGGAAAUCCAAAGGGAAUUAAGAGGGAAAUAGCAUAGGGGCAUACCAAUUCGUGUAGAAAUACAGUAGGUACAAGCUCUCUGUAAUGAAACUCAAGGGGCAUUUUCUUUCAUUAUAUAAAGUUUAUGUUACAUAGAGCACAGUGAUGCUUAAUGUAGAUGACAAAUCGGCUUACGUUUUAAAUAAGAAAAAAUGAAGUUCUGUGAAUGAAUUUUAUGUAAAAUCCAAGUUAAACCUAGUGAAAAGCGACAAAAGAAAAAUACCAUCAGGAUGUUAAGUUUUAUUGCAAGGGAAAUCAUCGAGAUGAUAAAAUAUGUUUUAUUUCCCUGUAUAUUUUAUUUUAUUUAUUUAUUAUAUUUUA